AUGAAUGAAAUAGAACUGAGGAACUUUGUUUCUAUGAACAUCGCGGACGGCAAAUGGCAGCUGGUUUUUCAGUUUCUAGCAGGACUAAUGAACGAGAAAGAAAACCUACCGAGCGAAAUCAUCACAGACCUUCUUCCUGUGGAAACUGAAGAGAAAAGCGGGUUGUACAACGAAGAGUGGUCAUUGGAUAUGGAGCCAAGGAAAGUAACUUGUUGGCCGACUAUGUACAAACAACAUUUAGCAGUGACAUUAUUUAAAUGUACUAACGAAAGUAGUACGAUGGAGGAAAUAGUUCAGAGAAAACUACAACAAAUUAACUUUAAUUUUGUAAAUUUUAAUAGUUGUCAACUCACACCUGUUGAUUGUGCUUCAGUAGUUACUGUAAUUAAGAAUGUUCAACAAAUUUCACAUUCAGAUUUGGCCGACAAUAACUUUGGUCCGUUAGGUUGUUUUGAAAUUUGUAAGUUGUUAAAAUGUAGUAAAUCUCAACUGAGCUGGUUAGACCUCGCAGCAAAUCAAUUGACAGACGAAGGAGCAAAGUAUUUAGCUGAAGCCAUCAACAACAACAACUGUCAGCUACGCACGUUAAACCUCUCACAAAAUAACAUCUCAGACAUUGGAGCACAGCACUUGGCUGAAGCCAUCAACAACAACAACUGUCAGCUACGCACGUUAAUCCUCUCAGAAAAUAACAUCUCAGACAUUGGAGCACAGCACUUGGCUGAAGCCAUCAACAACAACAACUGUCAGCUACGCACCUUAAUCCUCUCAGAAAAUAACAUUUCAGACAUUGGAGCACAGCACAUGGCUGAAGCCAUCAACAACAACUACUGUCAGCUACGCACGUUAAUCCUCGCAGAAAAUAACAUCUCAGACAUCGGAGCACAGCACUUGGCUGAAGCCAUCAAAAACAACAACUGUCAGCUACGCGAGUUAGACCUCUCAGAAAAUAACAUCUCAGAC